CCCGGCGCACCCACGGCGCUCUGCCACUUGUCCCCGGUCCUACAGCUUCAGCAUGUCGGAGACCGCUCCCGCCGCUCCUGCCGCCGCGCCCCCCGCGGAGAAGGCCCCCGUGAAGAAGAAGGCGGCCAAGAAACCCGCAGGGGUGCGCCGCAAAGCUUCUGGGCCGCCGGUGUCCGAGCUCAUCACCAAGGCCGUGGCCGCCUCCAAGGAGCGCAGCGGCGUGUCCCUGGCCGCGCUCAAGAAGGCGCUGGCGGCCGCCGGCUACGACGUGGAGAAAAACAACAGCCGCAUCAAGCUGGGCCUCAAGAGCCUGGUGAGCAAGGGCACCCUGGUGCAGACCAAGGGCACCGGCGCCUCGGGCUCGUUCAAGCUCAACAAGAAGGCGGCGUCCGGGGAGGCCAAGCCCAAAGCCAAGAAGGCGGGCGCGGCCAAGCCCAAGAAGGCUUCCGGGGCGCCCAAGAAAGCCAAGAAGGCCACCGGGGCCGGCACUCCCAAGAAGAGCGCCAAGAAGACCCCAAAGAAGGUGAAGAAGCCGGCGGGGGCUGCCGUCGCCAAGAAAGUGGCCAAGAGUCCGAAGAAAGCGAAGGCUGCCAAGCCGAAGAAGGCCUCCAAGAGCGCAGCUAAGGCCGUGAAGCCCAAGACCGCCAAACCCAAGGUUGCCAAGCCCAAGAAGGCUGCACCCAAAAAGAAGUAGGCUGUUGAAGAACGUCUGCUUCUGCAACCCAAAAAGGCUCUUUUCAGAGCCACCACUGAUCUCAAAGAAAGAGCUGAACCUUCUAACCCUGUCCCUUUCCCCCUUUAACCUUUCGUUCUAGGUGUGGUUGGCAGCUACAGUUGACGCCAGCCGAAAAGGGGCGGCGGGGGUCUCUGCGCGGCCCUAGGGCUCGUCCCCUGCCCAGCGGUAUCCCGGGUGGCCUCCCCCGCUACCUUGCGGAAGCGCUGUCCCGGAGGCGCGCACUCGCGCGCCAGCCCCGCCCCGCGCCAGGCCAUCGAAAACAACCACAAAUCAAGUCAGCCAGUUCCUCGGUCUCCAGGAAUCCCCCGAUUGGGUUGGAAAGCCGUUCAAAAGUCCCGCCCUGCUCGCGGGUUGGCCCGCUCCUCCGGCCCACGCUUUUCAUCGCGUGUUUUAUUGGGUGGAGGCCGGCCUCUUGUGUAUUCUGUGUACGUUUCGUUUCCAGUGGGUUGAUUGUGCCUUUUUCGCCCGGUAAGUGUGUCCCUGAUACCUCGGACACUUCCCAUGGUUUGGAAAGUCCAGCUCGUGUCCGGGGACGGCCGCAGCACCCCGCCGGGGAGGAGACGGUGCGGGCGUCCGUGCCGCGCGCUCCCGUGGGCCAGCCCGCGCGCUGCGGCCGCUGAGGACCGCGUCUGGACCACCGCGCGGCGGCGGCGGCGGCGGCGGCCACCCCGCCACCGGGCGCCGCUGGACCGGCGCCCUUCUGUCCCUCGCGUCAUGUAACUUUGCGCAAAAGUGUGAUGGGAUUGGAGUGCAUCACAACAACCCUUCGUCGGCCAUCUUGUCCCGGCAGCGGGUCACCGAGCGUCGUUUUAGGUAGACGUCAACAUCUAAACGCCGGAGAUGCUUUCAACGCAUUUUUGCGCGGCCGAAGUCCCAACGGUUUCUACGCGAGUAACGUACGGGUAAACCUGGGAACGUAUAUGCAUGUGUGGGGGUGAAGUGAUGUCUCUAACGAAGGCCUUUAGUUUAUCUUCACGGCGGUAUCUGCGGCUUCUUUCAUACUGAUGGCGUUUCUUCUGGGCAGAGGAAAGUCCAGCGUCGUGUUUUAUAUUCUGGUCAACACCGUUGGUUCCAGGAACCGGGGCUUCUGGAGACCCGAAGCUCAGUUCUUCGCCCAUUGCCACAGCGACUGAUGGAGUCGUUAAGUAACUUAGAUUAAUUAAUCUAAUUAAUUAAUUAAUCACUACCCCCAUUACCGGUAGUGACCACGGAGUUCAUUCCUGCCCGCACCGUCCCUCCCAACGGAAUGGGAUACUAUAAUGUUCGUUUUCAUGUGUAGAAAGACCUCCCUUCUUUGAGAGCACAGCGCACCCGCGCGCGCGCAUUCACGCCAAGAAAAGUUUUCCCAAGGUUUGUUUCGAUAAUUUUUGUGUUGUCAAUUUCACUUUAGAAGCAAUUGAAACCCCUGUAUUUUGUUACAAGGUUUAAUAAAUGCGUACGACUCUUCCA